AUCAGUUGUGAACUUAUUUUUCUUCAAAAAUCUAUUUAUUUUUCAAAUAAGUUAUCGUAAGAAAUAGACCAUGGCCAAAGUAGAACAGAAAGGAAAAACAAACUUUCAACCUGAUCCCGAUGCUGAUGUACAAAUAACAUUUGAUGAUCAGAUGAGAAUUAACCAAUUUGCAAAUCAUGUUGCGAAAAUUGAAGAUCUUAAGGAAGAUUUGAAGUUCAAGAAAAAUGAAUUGACAAACAUCGAAGAAGCAAUUGAGGAGAUAGAAUUAGUGGAUGAAGACCAGAUACAAUUCUUAAUUGGAGAAGUAUUCAUUUACAAUAAUGUUGAGAAAACACAACUUCUGCUUAAAGAAACCAAGGAAAAGAAAGAACAAGAAAUCAAAAAUAUUGAAACUAAAAUUACCGAAAUCCAAGCUGUCAUGACAAAAUUAAAAGCAGAGCUUUAUGGAAAGUUCGGACAGAAGAACAUUUAUCUUGAGAACGAUGAAGAAUAGAGUUUAAUAAACUUUCUCAAUAUCAAUGAUUUU